CCUCGACUUACAACCGGUUGGGUAGUCCUCGACUUACAACUGGUUGGGUAGUCCUUGAUUUACGACCGGUUGGGAGUCGCGACAUUAAAAAGGUUGAGAACCACUGGUUUAAAUGUUCUGAAAAAUUACUUUGAUUAAUUUUCAAACAUACUAAAAGAAAAAAAAUGUUCUAAAUCUGUUUAUACAUGUGAGGGAAAAAGAAAAUAGGUAUUUGUAGGCUGAUUAAAGAUAGGCCAUUCUUAAUAAUCUCUGGAAUUAAAUACCUUAAUCCGAUUCUGAGUGUAAGGAACAAGAAUAGAUAUAUAAAGAAAUAGAGCAAGCCAAUCAGGCUUAAGAUUUUACUAGUCUUUCCUAUGAAUGUAAACUCUUCCUUUCAGAAAAAUAGGAAGCUGAUACAAUUUGCAUAGAUAAGUAUCAACUGAUGCCAGCAUAACAUUGAAAACAGGACAGGUGACAAUCCAGGAAACACCAGUACUCAAGAAGCAACGGAUUUGCAAUAUCUGAUUGAAGUAGAAACCAUCUUUCUUAUACACAGUGAAAAAGGAAAUAACACUGAUUUCUUUUUGAAGGCAAUAUCUGAUAGUUGAAAAAAAAAGGAAAGUGAGGAUAAGAUUGUCCUGCUUGUAGUCUUUGCUGCUCAGCAAAUGAUAUUGUCACAGUGUAAAUAUUGAUGACUUAGAAAAGACAUCAAAAGGAUAUAGUACAAUGGAAUAUAAUUCUGUGGUCUGCUGUACAGAGAAGUGAAACCUGAUUUCUUGAGUAUGGAAAUGAGUGUUGUGAUCCUCAUGAUGAGCCACUGUAUGGCUUGAAAGUAAAAACCCUUUUUGUAAAAAAAAUAUCAUCACAAAGAAAACUGUUAACAAGUAGCAAAAAGACACUAAUUUCUUAAGUAAUCUUUCUGAAAAGUCUCAAAAAAAACCCCUCCAAAUACACAGUCCAAAUUGCAAGCCCAUUGAUGAAAAUAAGUGUUGAUAGGAGGGAAAAUACACUGGUGGAAAGGAGUUACUGGUUAAUGCUCAGACUGGUGGCAAAGCAUUACCCUGUUCAUGUAAUUUUGAAACUAUAUGAAAAUAUUGUGUUUCACAUUUUUAAUCAUUACAGUGUCCUGCCAUUCAAAUUUUGAGACAAAUUUUGACUUUCAGGAAAACAUUUUUAAGUUGCAUAAGUCCAGAAUGGUAAAUUCUUUACAUCUCCUCCAGCUUUAUUUGCUGACUCUGCAGAAACUGCUUAGAUAUUACAAUUAAGAUUAUUAGAUCCUUAAGAGGACAACAUGGAUGUACCAGAUAUAUCCUCAGUUGCCUUAAACUGGGAAAAAGAAAAUGCUUCCUGUCAAGAGAAUAGGAAGGAAUGCACAAAGGGAAAAGAUUUCUACAAAGGAAUGGCUUUUUCUGAAUUCAGCUGUUCUACAGAAACCCCACAAGAAAAUUACAGUUCCCAAGAAAUCCAUUUUAGAAAGAAAUAUAAUGAAGAGAUGAGUAAUGCACUACAAAUACGGAACAACAGCUUAUUUGAAACAGGGACCGCUAUGCUAAUUUCAUCCAAGGAAUCAAAAAACAUAAGAAGGUAUUCUUUCCCAGUCUCAUCUAUUGAUGUAUUGUCAUUGCCUCAACUUAGAAGGGACUCGGGUUUUUAUUCCAUGCCAUCUUUAUCUUUAAAACUCCUCUCCGGACCAUUCAAAGCAGUAACUACUUAUAAAAUGAGUACUGAUAGACGUGUCAGCUAUACAAAACCUUAUUCAAGUUUCACAUCAUUGUUUGGUACUCUCACAGAUCUUAAAUCUUCACACUGCUAUGCGUUUGCUUCCUGUGAUCACAAUAUGAAUGUGUGUCAUAUAGAAAGCAAAUUCAACACUACUUUUUCAGGGGACAACUAUUUAGAAUACAGGGAGAGUAGUAAAGAAAUGGGGAAGGUGACAGUAGAAGACUUUCAUUCCAUUAUGAAUUCUUGUCAAGCUCAAAAGGAGAAAUAUAGACCCAUUAAGACGCCAACAACCCCAAAAGGAGGUGAGGAAUAUAUUACCUUUGAAAAAGAUGGUUUUGUUUGUGAGAUUCUAAAAAGCAAAUACCAACAAUUUCAAGUCCAUGAAAAACUACCAAACAAAGUAACUGCAAAUCAAGACUCUUUGCUUUCCGAAAGGCUAUCAAGUGUAGAAGACAUUCAGGGUCAACAAUCAGUAAUACAGUCAAACAAAAAUCUUCCACAAAAUAUUUCCGAGUCUAAAGAAAUGAAAAAACCCCAGAGAAAAUCAGUCACGACUGUAAUAACUGGAGAAUUGGAACAGAAGCUCAUCAUUCCAGGUGACAUUAAAUCUAUGGCAAAUUCAUUUGGCUUGGCAAUAAAAAAAGAUCCCAGCAGAAAAAGGGAAACAGUAUUUAUAUUGCCUCUUUUGGAUACUGAAGAAUCAAAUCAAGUUAACGAAUUCCAAAGUUGUACUGACAUUCAGAAAAUGUCUGAAAACAUUCUGGAAGAUUCUGAUUGCCAAGAUUAUUCUAUACAGACUAAGCAUCUUUUAGCUGGGGACUCUUUCACAGAUGCUCCAGAGAUGUUCUCCAAUGAAAAACACAUAAGUGUCUCUCAUCAUUCUGAAAGUCAUUUAGCAGAAGUUCAGACAGAGACGUUAUUCAAACCCAGCUCUGAAAAACGAGAUGAAGAAAGGGAAACAAAUAGGAAUGCAGUCAUGAUCUCAGCCACAUUCUCAUCAGUAAAUCAAGCUGAUCAGAUAGCUAAAUCACUGAAAGACAUGAGCACAGGAUUAUCAAGGGACCAAGUGCUGAAAGAUGCAAGGACAAACAAUAGUUCUCAAGAAGAAGAAGAAAAAGAACCAGACCGUUGGGCUAGAGCUAGACGAAGGAAAUGGUUCAAAAACAGCAAAAGACACCCUUCAGCUGGAGAGCGCUCUAAGAAUAACAGCUUCACCAAAAGAUUCAUGAAUUCAGAAGAUGGCUGUUCCUUGGAUCUGAGACCACUCAGGGAAAGUGAAGGCUUCCACACAGAAAUGUUUCACUCAGCUUCCUGGGUGUUCCAAGGGGAUGAGGCUAAUGCAGAUACUAACCUCAGCUCUCUUAGCAAAAGGCCAGUUACUAUUCGGGAGCGAACUGUGAGAAUUCCUAAAGGAACGGGUGAUUCUCCUUGGGGAUUCCGAAUCCAGUUCUCAAAGCCCAUCUUGGUAACCGAAGUGGAUUCCAAUAGUGCAGCAGAAGAAGCGGGCCUUCAGAUUGGAGACAUAGUGAUAGCUGUCAAUGGCACAGAUGUUUCCAGCAUGCCUCAUUUAGAGGCAACAAACCUAGCAAGAAAAGGUCCUGAUAUAUUGAACUUAUUGGUGGGUUCUGAUAUCAGUCGUUGUCCCAAUGUCCCUCAUCCAACAUGUCGAGGAUACCUCCACAAACGGACCCACUCUGGAAUCCUAAAGGGCUGGAGAAAGAGAUGGUUUGUAUUAAAGCAUGACGGUUGCCUAUAUUAUUACAAACACAAAAAGGAUGAAGGAAAAUACAGACCGCUGGAAUUAACAAAGGUGGAAGGUGCUGAAGUCAGCAUAGAUAAUAGCCUGGCCAAACCUUUUGCAUUUAAAUGUGCUCCUCAGGCUGGAAACAGGGUUUUCUAUUUCUGCACUACAUCCGCCCAAGAAUUGAAGAGGUGGGUAGAUGCCAUGGAAAAAGCUGCACAUCCUAUUCAUCAGAACCAUGUGUGGGAAGAUGUCACCAUGCACAAUACAAGCCUUCCACCACUUGCUAUCAAAAACCCAGAGUGCCUGGGGCUCCUCCACCAGCUGGACAAAACCAAGAAUACCUGGGUUCAACAUUAUUGCAUUUUGAAAGAUGGCUGUUUAUAUUUUUAUGCUAGCAUACGUUCUACACAUGCUGUUGGGGGUAUUUACUUGCAGGGCUACACUGUGAGUGAACAAAGCCUUGGACACAGAAGAUCUGUGAUUGAAGUAAAGCCACCUUCAGAAGAAUUUACUACUUUCUACUUAUGUGCUGAAAGUGUAAAUGAAAACCAACGGUGGAUCAGUGCCUUGAGGGCCUCAGUCAGUAAAUGGCUCCCUUGGAACAAGGCCACAGAAGACUUCACGCAUUGACUGCUAUAAGAAGUACAAUGUGAAAGGAAAACUGAGACUUCUGUACAAGUACAACUACUGGUAUAGGCUUUUGUUAUGAAUUUUCAGAACAUGAAAGCAGCUGCUGGCAUAAAUUCUUGAUCGUGUCCUGGUAUCCCAUGAGUAACAAGUCCUCUAUUUGUUGAUUAUUUUUUUUUGAAGUAUAUUGAAUUAAAAACUGUAUACUUGGA